AUGUGUCGUGUGUCAACAAAACGGACCCACGUGUAGAGGAAGGAGAGGCAUGUGUAGUGAUAUUUUACCAAUACUGAAAAGCGGGUUAAUUGAACAUUUCAGUGAAGAUAAAUGCAAGAAAUUUAAGGAAUAUUCAUCAACAUGAAAUUUGCUUACAGGUUUUCCAACUUGCUGGGAGCAGUUUAUCGCCAGGGGAAUUUAAAUUUCUCCAAAGAUGGAAACGCUGUGAUCAGCCCAGUUGGAAACAGAGUCUCUGUCUUCGACCUGAAAAAUAACACUUCCGAGACGUUUCCCAUCUCUACAACAAAGAAUAUAACCUGUGUAGGUGUGUCUCCUGAUGGCAGCUUGGCCAUCGUGGUCGAUGAAGAUGGUGCAGCGCUGCUGGUCAGUCUCAUCACCCGAGCCGUCCUUCAUCACUUCCACUUCCACAAGCCUGUCAGCAGCAUCCGCUUCUCCCCAGACGGCAGGAAGUUUGUUGUGACAAAAGAGAACGUAGCGCUGAUGUACCACGCCCCUGGAAAACAGCGAGAGUUUAACGCUUUUGUUCUGGAUAAGAGCUACUACGGCCCGUAUGAUGAAACCACGUGCAUCGACUGGACCGACGACUCCAAGUGCUUCGUGGUGGGGAGCAAAGACAUGUCCACGUGGGUGUUUGGAGCAGAGCGCUGGGCCAACCUGAUCUACUACUCUCUGGGUGGACACAAGGACAUCAUUGUGGGCUGUUUCUUUGAGAAGGACAGCUUGGAUCUUUACACUGUGAGCCAGGACGGGGCGCUGUGCGUCUGGGAAAGCGACACCGAGCUGGACGGCCUCGUUCUUAAAAAGAGCCUCGACAAACCCGAGCCAGUGAGACAAGAGGGGGGCGAGGAGGAAGAGGACGAGGACAGGGCGGAGGGAGAGGAGGUGGAGGUGAUUCGAGGGAAAGCUGAACUGCCAAAAGACAAGAACAAGGUUAAAAAUGUUCGAUACAAGCAUAGGAGCAAACACUUCUUCAACAAGGAGGCAGAGUUCAACAACCUGACCGCCGCUGCCUACCAUAAACCGACCCACAUCCUGGUUACAGGGUUUGCCUCUGGGAUGUUCCACCUGCACGAACUCCCGGAGUUUAACCUGAUUCACUCGUUAAGCAUUUCAGACCAAAGGAUUGCCUCAGUGGCUAUCAACAGCUCCGGAGACUGGAUCGCUUUCGGUUGCUCUCGGAUGGGUCAGCUGCUGGUGUGGGAGUGGCAGAGCGAGUCAUAUGUCUUCAAGCAGCAGGGUCACUUCAACAACAUGGCCUCGCUGGCUUAUUCUCCAGAUGGACAGUACGUGGUAACAGGAGGGGACGACGGAAAGGUUAAAGUGUGGAACACCAACAGUGGCCUCUGCUUUGUCACCUUCACCGAGCACACCAGCAGCGUCACCAACGUCACCUUCACCUCUAGCGGCUUCGUCAUCGUCAGCGCUUCUCUGGACGGCACCGUCAGGGCGUUCGACCUGCACAGGUACCGAAACUUCAGGACGUUCACGUCUCCUCGACCCGCGCAGUUCUGCUCUCUUGCUGUAGAUGUGAGCGGAGAGCUGGUGAGCGCAGGAGCUCAGGAUUCCUUCGAGAUCUUCCUCUGGUCCAUGCAGACAGGCAGGCUGCUAGAGGUCCUCGGAGGACAUGAGGGUCCGGUCAGCUCCCUCUGUUUCAGUCCUGUACAGUCCAUCCUGGCCAGCGCUUCAUGGGACCGCACCAUCCAGCUGUGGGACAUGUUGGACAGCUGGCAGGUCAAAGAAACACUCCCUCUCACAUCAGAUGGUCUGUGUGUGACGUACCGCCCUGAUGGUCAGGAGCUGGCGGUGGCCACUCUGAAUGGAGAAAUCUCUUUCUGGAACCCUCAAACGGCCACACAGACCGGGUCCAUAGCCGGACGCCACGAUCUCGGGGUGGGGCGCAAGGAGACGGAUAAAAUCACAGCUAAGCAGUCUGCCAAAGGAAAGUCUUUUACAUCUGUAUGUUACUCUGCUGACGGGGAGUCUAUUUUGGCGGGAGGCCACUCAAAGUUUGUCUGCAUCUACAAUGUUAAGGAGCAGAUGCUCGUGAAGAAGUUUGAGAUCUCCUGCAACUUGUCGUUUGAUGCCAUGGAGGAGUUCCUGGACAGACGGAAGAUGACAGAGUUUGGCAGCCUGGCUCUGGUGGACGACGGCGCCGGAGAUGGAGACGGGGUCGACAUUAGCCUGCCUGGAGUCCGGAGAGGCGACAUGAGUUCCCGUCACUUCAAGCCGGAAAUCCGGGUCAGCUCGCUGCGGUUUUCUCCAACCGGUCGCAGCUGGGCUGCCACCACCACCGAGGGUCUGCUGGUCUACUCCCUCGAUGGAUCUCUGGUCUUCGACCCAUACGACCUGGACCUGGACGUGACACCGGCCAGCAUUCGCAAGCAGCUCCGCCUCCAGGAGUGGGCGUCGGCCAUCGUCCUGGCGUUCAGACUCAACGAGAACGCGCUCAAGCAGGAAGUGCUGGAAAAGGUGCCACACGAGCAGAUCUCGGUGGUUUGUGGAUCUCUGCCUGACAUUUACGUGGAGAAGCUGCUGGGCUUUGUGGCUACCUGCUUGGAGAAGUCGAGUCACCUGCAGUUCUACAUGACCUGGGCCCAGAACCUGCUAAUGCUUCAUGGGCAGAGACUUAAAAACAGGUCUGCAUCCAUACUACCAACACUGCAGUCGCUGCAGAAGAGCAUCCAGAGACAUUUUGACAAUCUCUCCAAGCUAUGUGACUUCAACAUGUAUAACAUCCGCUACGCUGCGGCACUCUCGAAGCAGAAGGGCAUAAAGAGGCCCGCUGAGGAGGAGGAGGAGGAACAUGAUGAAGGGAUGUCUGAGGAGAUGAGUGAGGCUUCUAUAGAGGAAUCAGAAAUGAUACUGUAGUCUGUGUCUAAUAUUUACAUUAAUUGUAAAAGAUGAUUUGUCUGUAUUUUUAACUAUUAAUUGAAAUUUUUCAAAAAUAAAAAAAAAUUGUUCUGAU